UCCAGUGAACCUCCAUUCAACUCCAAGCUCCACCAUGAAAGCCACUUUGUUCUGUGUUGCUCUGGCUGCUCUCUUGGCCGUUGGUCAGUGCGAUCCGGACUUCCGGCAGAUCAUGCAGCAGUGCAUGGCCUCCACGCAGGUGACCGAGGCCGAUCUCAAGGAGUUCAUGGCCAGCGGGAUGCAGGGCAAUGCCAAGGAGAACCUCAAAUGCUACACCAAGUGCCUGAUGGAGAAACAGGGCCAUCUUGUCAAUGGCCAGUUCAAUGCCCAGGCUUUGCUUGAUACCCUGAAGAAUGUGCCGCAGAUCAAGGACAAAAUGGAUGAGAUCACCUCGGGCGUGAAUGCCUGCAAGGACAUCAAGGGCACCAACGACUGUGACACGGCCUUCAAGAUCACCAUGUGCCUCAAGGAGCACAAGGCCAUGCCGGGACAUCACUAGGCAAUCAUUGUCGAUAUAUUAAUCGAUUCUCAGGUUAAAUAUUGGUGAAUAAAUCUGUUCAUGUUGCAUCAAAGCAAAA